AUGAAUGAAAAGAUUAGCAAAUCAGACGAAUGCGAAAAUAUGCUAAACAGUAAUCGACAAACGGAUUCAAGCAUUGGUCAAUUUAUACCUUUGCCAACUGCACCUGUAAUUGAAAACUGUGACGAUUUGCCUUCUUCCAUACGUGUGAUACGUGAUCCACCGCCGUACAGCCCGCCUUUAUCAUCACAUGCGGAACCAUCGAUAAGAAUUUCCAGAAACGAGAGCGAAAAAUUGCGACAUUUGCGACAGUGUGAUAUCGCAAAUACCAUGCUCAAAGUUGCAUUGUUUAAAGGAUUAAUUGCUGCUUUCAUGUUAGCUGGUGGUAUUUGGUGCUUAUAUGAUUCACCCGAAUACUGUCCAUACUAUUCCGCGAUUUGGACAUCAAUCAUAUUUGUAAUGAAUGCUUUAGUUGGUAUCGCAGCUGCAAAACGCUGUACCGUAAAUCUCUUUGUUGCUUAUUUGGUGCUAUCAUUAAUAUCCCUAAUGCUAUGUGCUAUCAGUGGUGUUAUCUCUGCCAGGUGA